CUGAGCUCGGCCCAGCGGCUCCAGGCCCGGGCAGGAUGCUCCCGCUCCCAGUGUGGCUGUGGCCGAGCUGUGGCCCCGUGUCCAGCCUCGUGGGGCCGGGUCCCCCCAGCCUCUGGGGCCAGCUGGUGGGGGACCUGCCGACGCCCCUGGAGGAGAUGGAGCGAAUGAGACCCUCCCUCCUGCUGGCUCAUCCCCUUCUCCGCGGGGGAGGCCGGGGGAGGGCGACGCCAAGGCAGAGCGGCCGGUCCCUGGCCGAGGGUGCGGGGAAGGAGCCCGGGGCCCGGGCGCCGGGGAAGGAGAAGUACCAGCUCUCCCUGGACGUGAGCGGCUUCUCCCCAGCUGAGCUGAUGGUGAGACUGGCCGGGAGGAAGCUGACGGUGACGGGGAAGCAGGAGAAGAAAACGGAGUCGGGGGCUGGAGUCCGCUCCCACGAGUACAGAGAGAUCCGCCGAGAAACGCUCCUGCCGGAAGCCGUGGACGUGCAGGCCCUGCUCUGCUCCCUGUCCCAGGACGGGCAGCUCUGCAUCGAGGCGCCGCCUCUGGCCCUGCCAGCUGCCGAAGGGAGAGCCGUUCCCAUCAGCGUCUGCCCGGGGGUGAAGGCAGGAGAAGGGAACCUGGCGGCGGAGGGAAACGAGCCGGGGAGCAGCGAGGUGGAGACAGGAGGAGAGACUGAGGGGACCAGCCCCAGAGAUUCCUGAAAGCAGCCACAGACUCCAGUAGCCCUGGGACUCUGGUCCAUUGACUUUACUCAGCCCAGCUAGUGAGGCCGUUGUAAUAGAUGUGAAUACGUCUGAGCCUGUUCCUGGGCUUUGUCUCUACUCUGCUCACUAACAAUUUGUGUGUCUGAGGAAGGUGUCAGUUGCUCUGUGACUGCAUGCAGCUGUAGAGCACAGUUGGUGUUCAGAAUUUUUUACCUUGUUACUUUGAUAACUAAACUCUUUUUACUAUAAAUACAUGGUGGUGCCUGAAUUCUGUUUUUCGUGUGAUCUCUUCCUACUUUUGCACGUGGUUCAAUUUUUCCCUAUGAUGUAGAAUUCAUUUUCAACCUAACUUCCAAACAGCAGGGAGCAGGAUGCGAGACCUGGUCAGGUGUUAAGAGCCAUGGGUUGGAUGGGCUGGCUAGAGGAGCAAGUCAGGCCUCUCUCUUCUCCAAGAGGCUGCCAGGGAGCAGAAUAUUUGCUUGGGGGGGCGGGUGUGGAUUGGGAAACAAAUAACUAUAUUUGUAAAGCACACAUGGCCUGCCUCCUCCACCGGAGAGCCCGGGGCCUUGCACUGCAGAAGGAAAUAACUGUGAUGGGGCUGGAGUAGAAGUACAUGCUCUAGGUUUUGUUUUGUGUACAGCAGCUGCACACUGCCACAGUAUAAGUCAGACAUGUUUUCAGAGCAGGGAAGGAGGGAAUGGCAGUAUAGCGGCAGCCAAUGGUGCCCUGCCCCAGGAGUUCUCAGCCAUGGGGUCCUGCUUCGCUAUCUGGAUAGAGAGGCCCAGAGAAGGGCAAGAACUCCAUUGCUACAGCUCUGCAGUGAAGUAGUUUUUAAAAAGUGCUUUUUAAAAUUGGGAGAGAAGGGCAGAGAGUUGUGGAGGAAGGAGUUGUCAAUGGUGAAGCAAGCUUGGGGCAGGGCCGUCUGCCAGCCACAAGGCUGUCUGUCCAGGCUGGAAGGCCCCUUCCCUACUGGGAGGCCAGAUUCUCCAGCUCUCCAAGCACACUGUAGGCCUGAUACAGAUAACAGCAGCUGGGAUGAAAACAAUGGUGUCAGUUUAAGAAACCCCCCAGAGCCUGCCAUGUUCCUACAGGGUGUUGAUCCAAACCACUCCCAGCUUUGCCCUUGUGGAGUCUUAUGCUAGCAGCAUGUGGAUCUGUGUGGCCUGGAUGGAUCCCCUCUCAAGCCUCUCUUCCCAGACCCGAGCCUCUUGGUGAAAGCAGUUUAAAAGGCAAGGGUAAGAGUUUAUAUGAAGGGGACACGGGCUGGUCCUUGGCAAAGGAAAGGGUUACAGAUCUAGUAAGUCAGGUGCAAUGGUUUGCAAGUGGAGAGACAAAGCUGGCCUUUGAAAAGCUGUCUGGCCCUUUAGAGCCCUAAUAGGGAGUGGAUUGGCCCAGGUGCAGAACUAACCCAGCACCACCUCUCUCCAUCCCCUUUACCAGUAGGCCUGCUUCCCCUUACAAGCCCUCUCCCCUCUCUGCUGCUGGAAGCCUUAGAAGAGCCUCUCAAACAGAUGAAGAGCUUUAGGCCCCUACUGGCCACACCCCAUGUAGAUCUGCUCCUGGGCUUGAUGCAAGGAAGCCAAUACCAGCCACUGCUGCAUCCCUAUGUCAGGAAGUGGGGGUGGAGGGAAGGCUAACCAACUGAACCAGGUUGGGGGUUGAGGCCUGGCUGGCAGAAGGGGGUCUCUAAAGAGGAGUCAGAGCAGUGGUACGGCAGCAAUCGGGGAUCCCUGCAGGGGAUGAACCUCACAGCCCACAGUGGUGCUCCCUGCUAUCCAGCACGGCCGAAGACCCACCAGCAGGACAGCUACUGGAAUGGAGCUGGGGGAAAGCAGGAGGAAAGAAAAGGGUUCCAGCAGGGGUAGUGUUGACAUUGGGGGUAGGAGGGGGCAGAAGCAGCAGCAGCAUGAGGUCCAGGCUCAGGCUGUAAUGCAAGAAGGGACCCUCAAGUAGAAGGGCCAAUGAAUCCAAGAACAGUCCUAGCACUAACCCACUCCUGGAGCCCAGCUGGUUGGGAUCGCCCUGCAGAGGCGCAGAGAGUGAGGGGUCUGAGAAGCAAAGCUAUCGGAGAGCAGGAGCCAGAACAAUUAGGGGAGGGGCUACCACCUGGAGAACUGGUCUAGGAUUCCCCUGAGAUUUGUUCUAAGCACCAGCACGUGUAGGCUCACCAGCUAGUGGGGAAUCUCAGCUUUUCCUGACCAGGUCCUCCAUCCUGCCCCACUCAGUCUCCUCAAGCCUCCUGUCCCUUCACCAGCCCUAUAUUUUCCUUCCCUUUUCCUCAGUCUUCUACACCCCUUCCUUGUCCACUAUCUCCUCCUGCUUCCCAAUCCCUGACCCCUCUGAACCCUUAGAUACAGCCAGUUUGCUCAGGGUUAUUCACAAAGACCAGGGUGGCUGUUAGUCUGGGGAGUUUGACACAUAAAUGGCUCCUAGCUCCGU